CCACUGCUAAAGGGGUGACAAACAUAUUUUUAUAUAAUAAUAUAACUCGUUACUUAAUUUGUUUGUCAUUGUUUUACACAUAGAGUAAGGCUACCUACCCUAGCUACCUAGUUUAUGCUAAUUCAUAUAAGUAUAUCUUUUAUCAUUCUCAAGAUUUUCUCUUUUCAGCCUCCUCCCCUCCUCUCUUCUCUCAUCUUCUCAAAACUACAUUCUUCUUUACACAUGAAAAUCUAGAGAGAGAGAAAGAGAGAGAGAGAGAGAGAGAGAGAAUUGCUGCUUCACCAAUCACUCUUUCAAACCCUAGCUAUUUACAGUCUCCUGGGUAAACAUCUAUAUCACUUGUUCUCCUCUCUGGCUUAUGAACACCGCUAGCUAUAGUUUUUGGGUUUCUUUGAAUGUUUAUCAUAACAUUUUCCAUUUCCUUGUGCAGGAGAAGUUUUUGAGUUUUUGGAGGAAGAAUUUCAAUCAAAGCAAAAUGGGGUCCAUGAAUUCAAACAACUGGCUUUCCUUUCCUCUUUCUCCUACUAAUUCUUCCUUGCCAUCAGAACUUCACCCUUCUCACUCUCAUCAAUUCUCUCUAGGGUUAGUAAAUGAGACCAUGGACAACCCUUUCCAAAACCAAGAGUGGAAUAUGAUUAAUACUCAAGGAAGCGAUGAAGCUCCAAAGGUGGCUGAUUUUCUUGGCGUGAGCAAAUCCGAGAACCACUCAGAUCUUGUAGCCUUCAACGAUAUUCAGGCCAACGAUUCUGUCUCCGACUACUUAUUCCCGAUCAACAACAUAGUCACUGUACAAAACACCGUUGUAGACAAUUCUAGCAACUUUGAUUUCCAAGAAAAAUCCAACAGCCUCCAAUCGUUGACCCUAUCAAUGGGAAGUGGCAAGGGUUCUUCAACAUGUGAAACCGGCACCGACAAUACCAGCAUUACUACCGUGGAAGCUACCCCAAGGAGGACUUUGGACACAUUUGGACAAAGAACAUCUAUUUAUCGUGGUGUAACAAGGCAUAGGUGGACAGGAAGGUAUGAAGCUCAUCUUUGGGAUAAUAGUUGCAGAAGGGAAGGACAAUCCAGGAAGGGCCGCCAAGUCUACUUGGGUGGGUAUGACAAAGAAGAUAAAGCAGCUAGGGCUUAUGACUUGGCUGCACUGAAGUACUGGGGAACAUCUACUACUACAAAUUUUCCAAUCAGUAACUAUGAGAAAGAGGUGGAGGAGAUGAAGAACAUGACAAGACAAGAAUUUGUGGCAGCCAUUAGAAGGAAAAGUAGUGGCUUUUCUAGGGGAGCGUCCAUGUAUCGCGGAGUUACAAGGCAUCACCAACACGGACGAUGGCAAGCAAGGAUUGGCAGAGUUGCCGGCAACAAAGAUCUAUACUUGGGAACUUUCAGUACCGAGGAGGAGGCAGCUGAAGCUUACGACAUAGCAGCAAUAAAAUUCCGAGGCCUAAACGCCGUAACCAACUUCGACAUGAAUCGAUACGACGUGAAGAGCAUUUUGGAAAGCAAUACUCUCCCCAUUGGAGGAGGGGCAGCAAAGCGUCUCAAAGAGGCUCAGGCCUUGGAAUCUUCUAGAAAACGGGAAGAAAUGAUGGCUCUUGGCUCCACGUUUCACUAUGCGGCUGCCGGAGCUGCCAGCCCAUCAACCUCAGCCGUUCGUAAUUUGCAAGCGUACUCUUUGUUGCAGCCUCAGUCAACCUUUGAUCAAAAUGUACAACAAUCCCAGCCUCUACUGACUCUCCAAAACCAUGACAUUUCUCAGUACACCCACCAUCAUGACCCUUCUUCAUACCAAAAUUACAUCCAAACCCAGCUUCAGUUGCACCAGACCCAGCAGCAAUACCAGCCUACCCAGCAAUUCUAUAAUAGUUAUGGACUUCAGAGUACACACCCAGCUUUGCUUCAAGGUCUCAUGGACAUGGGUUCUUCUAGUGUGAUGGAUCACAACACCGGGAGCUCUAGUGGGAGCUAUAGUGCUGGAGAGUAUUUAGGAAAUAAUGGAAUUGGGUUGGCUACAAAUUCAACAGCAAACAAUGGAGUGGGUUCAGCAGAAGAGCUUGCACUUGUGAAGGUUGAUUAUGAUAUGCCUAAUGGAGGAGGGUAUGGGUAUUUUUACAAUGUGGAGUGACUGAGGGUCGACAUUGAGAUUUUGUAUGGGGAGAUUAGUAAUUUUGUGAUCGGGAGGACUUAAGGAUGGUUAGAGACAGUUUACUAUUCCUUUUUUGAGUCUAUAUUUUGGGUGAUUUUGAAGUAACAGGAGCUGAUUUUCAAUGCAAACUCAAGGAGCUGGAGGACCUUUUAUUUUGUUCUAGUAUUUUGCUGUUGUUUUUUUGUCGAUCUUUACAUUGAAGUCUGACCAUAAAUUAAUCCCGUUGUGGUAAAACUUGGUAGGAUCAGUAGAAUAUGGGUGCAAGUUGAAACCCUAAAUUUUGUGUGCGUAAGACCUAUUGCGCAGCUGCUGAUGUAAUUCUCCUUGUGUUACCGGUAGGCCAUUAUUUCCAUUUGAGUUUACUCCA